AUGCCCAGCUCAAACGUCAGUGGCACUCCUCCCGAGCUUCAUCUUCCCGCGAAGCAAUGUGUUCCAACUUCGUCGUGCACGGAUUCCGACACGGACGAAGAUUUAAGUCCAAGUCCACUGGCGUUGCUGACGAGUCUCGCGUGGUUCGCUCGUUUUAAGAGCGACAUCUUGCACUUCGGUACACGAAGUGCAGCUUCCGUCAAUGUGGGCUUUAUUAAGCUCGAACAAGUUGAGACGGUGCGGUUCAACCUCUUGGGAUACACGAAGAUCACCUCAUUUCGGAGCUCCAGCCCCGAGCACCUCAAAGAGAGCUCUAUAGAUGCUUCGUGGCUACUCAACCGUUCGGUCAUCUCUUCCACUCUUCUGAACCAAAAUUACCCUUUCGAUCUCUCUUUCUUCAUCCAGACAGGUUAA